GACGCUCCCCUGCCGGGGGGGGGGGGGGGAAGCUGUGUCCGUCAUGAGCUUCCUGAUCGACUCCAGCAUCAUGGUCGUCUCCCAGUUGCUGUUCUUUGGAUUUGGAUGGCUGUUCUUCAUGCGACGACUCUUCAAAGAUUAUGAGGUGCGACAGUAUGUUGUACAGGUUGUCUUCUCUGUAACGUUUGCUUUUUCCUGCACCAUGUUUGAACUUAUCAUUUUUGAGAUUCUAGGGGUCCUAAACAGCAGCUCUCGGUAUUUUCACUGGAAAUUGAACCUCUGUGUGAUUUUGCUUGUCCUGGUGUUCAUGGUGCCCUUUUAUAUUGGCUACUUUGUUGUGAGCAACAUCCAAUUGUUGCACAGACAUAGACUGAUUUUUGCCUGUGUUAUCUGGCUAAUGUUUAUGUAUUUCUUCUGGAAACUGGGAGAUCCAUUUCCUAUCCUUAGUCCAAAACAUGGAAUUCUGUCCAUAGAACAGCUUAUCAGUCGAGUGGGAGUCAUUGGGGUGACCCUCAUGGCUCUGCUUUCUGGAUUUGGUGCAGUCAAUUGUCCAUACACAUAUAUGUCUUAUUUUCUCAGGAAUGUGACAGAUGCAGAUAUUCAAGCUCUGGAACGUCGUCUUCUCCAAACUAUGGACAUGAUCAUUAGCAAAAAGAAACGGAUAGCAAUGGUUCACAGAAACAUGUUCCAGAGAGGGGAAGUGCAUAACAAGCCCAGUGGUUUUUGGGGGAUGAUAAAAAGCGUCACAGCAUCUUCAUCAGGCAGUGAAAAUCUGGCGCUUAUCCAGCAGGAAGUAGAUGCUUUGGAGGAGCUGAGUCGGCAGCUUUUCUUGGAAACAGCUGACCUGCAUGCUACCAAGGAAAGAAUAGAGUACUCUAAAACAUUCCAAGGGAAAUACUUCAACUUUCUGGGCUACUUUUUCUCCAUCUACUGUGUCUGGAAAAUUUUUAUGGCAACAAUCAAUAUUGUAUUUGACAGAGUUGGAAAGACGGAUCCAGUCACAAGAGGAAUUGAGAUCACUGUGAAUUAUUUGGGCAUCCAGUUUGAUGUAAAAUUCUGGUCCCAGCAUAUUUCCUUUAUCCUUGUUGGAAUAAUUAUUGUCACUUCUAUUAGGGGUUUAUUGAUAACACUCACUAAGUUUUUCUAUGCUAUUUCAAGCAGCAAGUCUUCUAAUGUUAUCGUUUUAUUGCUGGCACAGAUCAUGGGGAUGUAUUUUGUGUCUUCAGUGCUUCUGAUUCGAAUGAGUAUGCCUCCAGAGUAUCGCACUAUAAUUACUGAAGUGCUAGGAGAAUUACAGUUUAACUUCUACCACCGUUGGUUUGAUGUUAUAUUUCUUGUUAGCGCUCUCUCCAGCAUCCUCUUCCUCUAUCUGGCACAUAAACAGGCUCCUGAAAAACAUAUGGCACCCUGAGCCCAUCUUAGUUCUUCUGUGUAAGAUGAAUGAAAGCAGUGCACUUGGCAUAUCACCAUCUAAAGAUGGCUUUUUGUGCGAUGGACAAUCAGCUCUUUGGUUCAAAUCAAAUCUUUCACUGAGGGCAGAGAGAGGCAAGAGAUAGCCCCAAGAUGCAAGAUGCCGUCCUUACAACACAAGCGUGUCCAUUUCUGGAGAUAAAACAGGAGAAGGAGAAACCAUUCUACAGUGUUUAGUAAAUAGAAUUGACAAGGUGUCUGCUUAAUUGUCAAAAUCUGGAAGAUAGUGAAUCGGAAUAUCUAAAUAAAUCAGCUUUUGUAAUAAUUUACAAUAA